CUCUGUGGACACCUUGUCUCCCCCAAACCUCAGGUUCCCCACUCUGGAGCAUUGCUCUGCUGGCGGGGAGGCCGUGCUGCCCGAAGAGCAAGAGAAGUGGAGACAACGGACAGGCCUUCUGGUCCACCAGGUCUACGGACAGUCGGAAACGGGAUUGACUUGCGCCACUCCCCGGGGAUCACAGGUCAAGCCCGGUUCCAUGGGGAAAGCCAUCCCACCCUUCGAUGUCCAGAUCAUUGACGACGAGGGCAACAUCCUGCCGCCCAACACUGAGGGCAACCUUGGCAUCAGGAUCAAGCCCACCAAGCCCAUCGGCCUGUUCAUGUUGUAUGAGGUGAGGGCACCCCCACCACCACCACUCCCUGGCCCGAGCACCCCUGCA